AUGGAAAAUCCUGCCAGUGGAUCAACAUUUUUGGAUAGUAUUCCUAUUCCUAAGUUUGAUAACUAUUUUAAUGAUUUUAAAUGUCCACCUAGUCUUCUUGAGUAUGUUAAAGAUGUCCAACCUAAUAAUUAUUCUGGUCUCAAUUAUGAUAAGGAAAAUGGGUCCAUAGAAGCAAUACAGAUAGAAGUUCAUAUUCAAAGUACUUCCAAAGAAGACCAUAAUAUUCAUAUGGACAUUUCUACUAAUGAUUUAGAGGGAAAAACUGCUACAAAUUAUUCAGGAGCAGAAACUUCUUCUGGGAAUUUAGAACUAGAAAGACCUACAAAUACUUUAGUAAAGAAAAGAAAUUGUUCAAACAAUUAUUCAAAAAUAUGUGAAAAGUUUAUAUAUAAAUUAUUAUCAGAUCCAAUAACAUUAACUAAAUCAGAAAUAAGAAUGUUAAGAACUAUUAUUUUUGCAGAUAUGAACCCAUAUAAGGUUAAGUGGAAAAUGCGGAAAUCUUUUGAAAGAUCAAAAUGGUUUCAAUUUAUUGUAUAUUUCGGAAGUUUGAAAAUGGGACUUUGUGAUAAGCUUCACUUGGACUUUCUGGAUUUAAAAGGCAAAUAUAUAUGUGAUAUGAUAGAUAUCGAAAAAUUAUUGAAAUCAAUACAACUUGAUUCCUGCGUUUUGAAAGAAUAUUUUACCUUUACAGAUGUAGAAAAUUUUUUAAUUUGGCCAUUGGGUAAAAUGAUUGUUAAUAAUGUUAUUUCACAAAGGAGUCCAGCCAUUACCCUUUUAUUUAAAUUUGUUAAAAAUAUCGUUAAUAUAGCAUCCAAUCAAGUAAAAGAUUCCUGUCGCAAUUCUGGACUAAGAAUUGUAUUGAAUAAAGAAUCUCUUUUUGAGAGUUUAUCUAGUAGUUUAUCGGAUAGUAAAAGACGUCCUUUCUGA